UGUAAGACAGACAGCGACUUGACAAUGACUUUGGAAAACGGUAUUUUGAUUGACUCUCACAAGAGAAUCGGUUCUAUCGUUGCCAACAGACAAUUCCAAUUUGAUGGUCCAACUCCACAAUCUGGUGCAAUUUACGCUAACGGUUGGUCUAUUGCCGACGGUCACUUAGUUCUUGGUGACGACUACAUUUUCUGGCAAUGUCUGUCCGGUACUUUCUACAACUUGUACGACGAGUCUAUUGCUGACCAGUGUGUUCCUGUUGUUUUGAACGUUAUCGAUUUAGUUGACUGUUAA